GAUGACACCGAUAAGAAUUCAAUGAACAAUAGAAUUGAAACGUUUAUAUCGGAACGUUCGAACGAACGAAGUGAGUUGAUGGACGAUAUGGGCGAUGAGUUGGUGUUCAGGUUGCCGAUCGAUAUGGAUGCAAAGGAUCUGAAGAGAUUAUUCGAAGAAAUGGAUGAGAACCGUUCUAAACUUGGAUUUUUAACAUAUGGAAUAUCAGCACCUUCAUUGCAACAGGUUUUGUCAAAUGACAUGUUUUUGUUGAUGUUAUUAUCUGAUUAUGAAUAUAGUGGCAGUCUUGAUAUCUAUCACUCGUAA